CAAAGAGAGAUAGCUGGAACCGUACUUUUACCGCCUCUCUCUCUCUCUCUCCUUCCCUGCGGAAACACACCGGAAACUCAAGAAAGCAACAACAAUCUUCAAAAUCGAAGCUCCAAAAUCCUGGAAUUCCCUUCUUUAAUCUGGCCCGGUUCAUCUUCUUUUCCUUAAUGUGCUGUGUUCAUCAUUCCUUAUACAGUAAUACGCGUACUCUUGAAAACUCCACUGGCUGCAAAUGUGUCUGGACGCUAUCUUGGAUUUAGUUUCUGUUUCAUAGUUCUGUUCAUUCAUCGUGUUGUGUAGGAGAGCUCGGGCUCCGUUAUAGGCACUGCAUUUAGAUUUAGAGAAUGCCUUUGUAUAGAAGAAAAACAUUUCCUUUGGAGGGAAAGCCCACUGAUUUAAAGGCGAAUGAGCUUGUCUUCCAAGUUAAAUUCACAAAGGAGAUAUUCAGGGAUUAUGAUGAUUAUGUAAAGCGGGUAAAUCUCUAUAGGCAGAGGAUCUGGACUUGCAAAUUAACUGGAAAAAGCAACUUGACAUAUGCGGAGGCAUUGGCUUCAGAAGAGGCUGCCGGGAAAGAGGCCCAACAGUUCCCGAAAGAACUGAUGGAACCAGUUCUUCGUGACAUUCAAUUUAGCAUGCUUAGUUUAAAAGCUCUUGUCAAUACAAUUGCUACAAAGCUUCAAGGCUGCUUGUCAGAGGGUAGUGAACUGUAUGGGAGGAUGAACAAUUGUGUUUAUCCUUGCAUGAUUGUCAGAGUUGUAAAAAAUCAGAAACCUCUAUAUCAGGUGUCUUGGAUGGACAAAUUUGAUAAAGUAUGUGAAAACACACUAUUAAAGGAAGAAGAUCUAAUACAGAAGAAGCUGCCUUGUAGUAAAGGAGCUCUGAAACUUUUCGUCAGAGAGUCUACAUGCCGUAGCAUUCCUUGGGUUUUACAUAAUGAGUUGGCAAAAAACUAUGGUAUUCCAACUUAUCCUCCAGAAGAGCUGAAAGAAAAAUUCUCGGUGCAGGAUGGAGUGGUUGUUGCCAACAGAAAGAGAAAGAAAAUUGGAGAAACAAAAAAUGAUAUAAUGGAAGUUACUGUGUUGUCAGAUGACUCAGAUUCCAAGAGGGAGUACAUUAGGAGAGAAAACCCCAAGUGCUUCACAAAUGGAGGGAGUAUCGAGAGUAACAGACCAGAGAUACAUCUGAUUAAAUAUCCUAUUGACGAUCUACUGCUGCAACCUUUGGACAGUGAUAUACAAUUGACUGAACGCCCUUCUCUGCGUCGUGAUUUCAAUGUCCCAAUGGGUUGUGUGGGGGAUCUUUUGAUGGUUUGGGACUUCUGCAUUUCAUUUGGCAAGCUAUUGCAUUUGUCACCGUUCUCCCUUGAUGAUUUUGAAAAUGCUAUCUCUUACAAGGAAAGCAACGUUGUUCUCGUCAUGGAGUACCAUGCAGCCCUUCUUCAAUUUUUAAUUAAAGACGGUGGGGAGUAUCUCACUGCUAUUCAAAAGAAAAAACGGAAGUCGAAAAUUACACUGAUCACAUGGACUGAGUUUUUAUGUGAUUUCUUAGAAAUGACGGGUAUUGCAGAAUUAUCUUCUCAUAUCUCAACAAUUCAACGUGGUCACUAUGGCCUUUUAGAGGUUCAUGCUAAAUUAGGUAUUCUGCGGGAAUUAGUUGCUCAAGCUAUUGAGUUAGACCUUUUCAAGCAAAACUUGGAUGGGGAUAUCGAGAAGAGGCAAGCACUGGUAGCAGCUAGGAGGGCUGAAGCACUGGAAGAAGGUAGAAAGAGGAGAGAAGAACAGCGUUUAAAGGCUCAGUCUGCUGGAAAAGAAGCAAUUGACAACUCACAUGACAGUGAAAGUGGAGUAGCAGAUGCAUCUUUUAAGAACAAUAAGAAGCAAAAGAUAAAUGUAAAAGAUGGCACUGAAAACAUGAAUGAACUCGAUAAAUCAACACAAAGUAAGUGCACGGAUCAUCUCCAAAGGGAAGCUCAUAAAAUGCAGAAGAAUGAAAAAAGGGAUGCAAUUGAGAUUCAAAGCAAGGAACAGAGGAAAGAAUAUCUUGAGCGGGAAAUACAGAAGAUAAUAAUACGCACCAAUCCAUUGGGGAAAGAUAGAGAGUAUAAUACAUAUUGGUUUUUCAGACAAGAUGCAAGAAUAUUUGUGGAGAGUCCUGAUUCCCUGCAAUGGGGCUAUUAUUGUUCCAAAGAGGAGCUUGAUGCUCUGCUGGGCUCACUUAAUGUGAAGGGUGUAAGGGAGAGCGUUCUUCAAAAGCAAUUGAAAAUUUUUUACAGCAAAGUUAGCUCGGGAAUUCAAAAGAGAACAAAGGAGGAAGCUGUGCGAGGUUUAAUGGAAGAAGCUGUUGUUCGUAGGUCUACGCGUAUUCAGGCCCCACCAAGAGACAAUCCCGCUCUUGCUUUCUUGAAGUACAUCAACAAGUGGAAGGACGAGUAAAGAAGACUCUCCCUUCACUUCUGAAAAGCCUUUAAUCUGCCAUUUGAUGCCACACCUGAAACUAACCUCACCCUGGAUUUGAAACAGGUCAUCGUUUCUUCCAAUUCUAGUCAAAACCACGCCAUGUUUUACUUUCAUUGUAGAAUCUGUUCCUCGUUUUCUCUCUCCAUAGUUAACCUUUCCUAACUGUGCCAUGAUGGGAAUGAAAUUUUAGCCCUCUCAAUCCUAUAAUCAUGGGCUUUUUGUGAUUGGGAAGAGUUGCAGAUGAUGUUUAUGGUCUGCUGUGCUUCUCUCGUUUGACCCGAGUCGUUCCCCUAAAACAUAAGUUAUGGGCAUCUUACCCAUGCGGGUAGUGCCCAUAUAGGGUUUGGGACAUUUAGAUCUCCAAUCACACUUGUAGCAAGUAUAUAGUAGUAUAGCUAGCUAUUUUGUAUUGUCAUCUUCAAUCUUCUUUUCAACAAUUUAGCCAAGAAUUAUACAUUUCAAGGUCACCAGAGUAAACCUUGAUUUCGCGUCGUCUUCUCCCAAUUAGGGCUGCUGAACCAAAAGUACUUCAAAAUUUGGCGCCACCGCUAAGGAAAAUCGAUGUCAACGAGAAGCACUGCAUCGAAAAAUGGUGACCAGAUUGUUGUAAAUGAUGACGAUUUAUACGCUGACAAAAUGCCGAUUUAGUGAAGACCACCUCAGGACAGAGUCAAGGUGUGAGAUGUUUAAUUCGUAGUGAAGAUGGAAGAAUUUUUUAUGAUGGGACAUGAAGUGCGGGACAUUGAUCAUCAUAAAAUUGAUGCAUAUCAGAAAAAUUGACAACAGAGUUUUUGGCUUACUCUGCCAUCUCAAAAUGAAGUGAAAGAUUGGGCGUGCUUUUUGUUUAUUAAAUACUGUUUUAAUGA